UAAAGCCUCUGCUCCACUUUCCCUGCUCUCCCUCUGCUUCAGUAAAGACCCACCCACCCCCCGGUGUUACAGUGCUGCAUCUCCAUCUGAUCGGGGCGCUGCACCUGCCGCCAUCGUUAUCAAUAGCCUAUAAUGGAAAUACAGCAAGGACGCACUUUUAUCUAGACGGGCGCCGCACCGCGGAGUCAAGACUGGGGGCACAAUGAGUGACAACUAUGAGGCGUCGGUCACCCCCAGCUGGCUGACCCCUGACCCCACAGCCUGGUCCAGCAGUGGAGACGGAUUCACGGACAACGCCACCUACUCAUCUCUGGACUCCUUCCCCCCGGUGCCCCCUCUCCUGGUCAACCCCUGGGACAUCUUGCUGUGCUCCUCAGGGACCCUCAUCGCCUGUGAGAACGCCCUGGUGGUGCUGGUGAUCUGGCAGAACCCGUCUCUCCGAGCCCCCAUGUUCCUGCUGAUCGGCAGCCUGGCCCUGGCUGACCUCCUGGCUGGUCUGGGCCUGGUGCUCCACUUCACCUUGGCCUACCUGCUGAGGUCUGACUCGGCCCAGCUGCUGACUGUGGGUCUGGUGGUGGCCUCCUUCUCAGCCUCUGUCUUCAGCCUGCUGGCCAUCACCAUAGACCGCUACCUGUCACUCUACUACGCCCUGACCUACAACUCAGAGCGCACCGCCGCCUUCACCUACACCAUGCUGGUCCUCCUCUGGGGCCUGUCCUUCUGUCUGGGCCUACUUCCCGUCAUGGGUGUGAACUGCCUGGCGGAGGAGUCGACGUGCAGCGUGGUGCGCCCGCUGACUAAGAACAACGUGGUGGUGCUGUCCGUCUCCUUCCUGCUGCUGUUUGGCCUCAUGCUGCAGCUGUACGUCCAGAUCUGUAAGAUCGUCAUGCGUCACGCCCACCAGAUCUCCCUGCAGCAUCACUUCCUGUCCACCUCACCCCACUACGUCACCACCAGGAAGGGCGUGUCCACGCUGGCCAUCAUCCUGGGGACGUUCGCUGCCUGCUGGAUGCCCUUCACCGUCUACUCCCUCGUCGCCGACUACACGUACCCACCGCUCUACACCUACGCCACCCUGGUGCCCGCCACCUACAACUCAGUCAUCAACCCAGUGAUCUACGCCUUCAGGAACCAGGAGAUCCAGCAGGCUCUGUGGCUGGUGUGUUGUGGCUGUAUACCGGCCAGGGUGGCCCACUGUGCCCGGACCCCCAGCCACGUCUGACCCAGACCCAGGCCCUGGAAGGGAAGGAGAGAGGUGCCCUGGGAAGAGGAAGGUAGGGAGGCAGGCAGGCGGUCUGGGCUCAAGCUGGGUCUACUCCAUGGCUCUGUGUCUCCAUGGCUGGGCUGUAUCCAGUGAUGGAUGGAGGUGGAGGGAUAAGUAGAGUACAGUAUAUAUCUUUGAGUAUAGGGCUUUAGCCCAUUGCCUGUGAUGGGAUAGGCGGAUGGAUGGCUGUGGAAGUGAGUGGUGGAGGAUUUGGUGUUUUUGCUCCAUGCAAUCAAUCAAUCAAUCAAAUUUUAUUUAUAAAGCCCUUUUUACAUCAGUAGAUGUCACAAAGUGCUGUACAGAA